CCAGAGCGACAGGCCCGGCAGCUCCCGCCGCACGCCAUGGCCGCCGCCGCCGGCCUGGAGGAUCCAUCUCUGGAGAAACACUUUAAAGGCCAUCGAGAUGCCAUCACUAGUGUGGAUUUCAGUCUCAAUAAGAAGCAAUUGGCAAGUGGCUCUAUGGAUUCGUGCUUGAUGAUCUGGAGUAUGAGAUCCCAAAUGAGAGCCUAUCGCUUUGUGGGUCACAAAGAUGCAGUGAUGUGUGUUCAGUUUUCACCUUCUGGCCAUCUGGUGGCCUCAGGCUCCAGAGACAAAACUGUCCGUUUAUGGGUUCCAAAUGUCAAAGGAGAAUCUACUGUGUUCAAGGCUCAUACGGCAACUGUAAGAAGCGUUCAGUUCUCCAGUGAUGGACAGUCCUUGGUUACAGCUUCUGAUGACAAAACAGUCAAAGUAUGGACAGUUCACAGACAGAAAUUUCUCUUUUCCUUGAGCCAGCACAUAAACUGGGUUCGCUGUGCCAAAUUUUCUCCAGAUGGAAGACUAAUAGCUUCUGCAAGCGAUGAUAAAACUAUCAAACUAUGGGAUAAAACCAGCAGAGAAUGUAUACAUUCUUUUUGUGAGCACGGUGGGUUUGUGAAUCAUGUGGAUUUUCAUCCCAGUGGUACAUGCAUUGCUGCAGCUGGUACAGAUAACACAGUGAAGGUGUGGGAUGUUAGGAUGAAUAGAUUACUUCAGCAUUAUCAAGUGCACAGUGCUGUGGUAAACUGUAUUUCCUUUCACCCCUCUGGAAACUACCUCAUUACUGCCUCCAAUGAUUCAACCCUUAAAAUUCUGGAUUUACUAGAAGGAAGGCUGCUGUAUACUCUUCAUGGUCAUCAGGGGCCAGCUACCUGUGUUGCCUUCUCAAGAAUUGGGGACUUUUUUGCUUCUGGAGGGUCAGAUGAACAGGUGAUGGUAUGGAAAACUAACUUUGAUGCUGCUGAUUAUGGAGAUGUAUUGAAAACUCAGAAGUAUGCCACUAAUGUAACAGGAACUCUUCACAAUCUGCAAUCAGAAAUGGAUUGCGGUGAUCCUCCCAAGAAAAACAAAACACAAGAAUCUGCCAGGAACCAGCACCAGCAAGAGGAGGAGACAAGUCUUGCAGAUACCCUAGAGCAUAUUGUGGGACAGUUAGAUGUUCUUACUCAGACUGUUUCCAUUCUGGAGCAGAGACUGACACUGACUGAAGACAAGCUGAAGGAGUGUCUUGAGAAUCAGCAGAAGCUCAUGCACAGUAAAGGGAAUUGAUUCCACGAGGGGCUGAUAAAGCCGGAGUUGUCUGGAGGCUUGGGGUUUUGUUUGUGUUUUUCUAAUACUUUGGGUGAAUCAUUUUUAACAGAUGGAAUCACUUAUUUUAUUAAAAUAAAAUGUACAGCCAAUGGCAUCU